GCAUCGCCGGCGACUGGCGACUCCAAGAGCUCCUCUUCCUUUGCACCUCCCUUCUUCUUCUCUCGCACUGUUUCUGAGGUUCUGCAAGAAGUAAACAUGUCAGUUCUUAUUGAGACGAGCCUUGGAGAUAUAGUAAUUGAUCUUUACCCGAAUAAAUGCCCUUUGACCUGCAAGAACUUCCUCAAGCUUUGCAAGAUCAAGUACUACCAUGGGUGCCUUUUUCACACUGUGCAAAAAGAUUUCACUGCACAGACGGGUGACCCAACUGGUACGGGAGCUGGUGGAGAUUCAAUCUACAAAUUUCUGUACGGUGAGCAGGCUCGUUUUUUCCGCGAUGAGAUUCAUCUUGAUUUAAAACAUUCAAAGACCGGCACUGUUGCAAUGGCCAGUGGGGGAGAAAAUCUCAAUGCUUCCCAGUUCUAUUUCACACUUCGUGAUGAUUUGGACUAUCUUGACGGGAAACACACUGUGUUUGGGGAGAUUGCCGAGGGGUUUGACACUUUGACUAGGAUAAACGAAGCUUAUGUUGAUGGAAAGAACAGACCCUAUAAAAACAUUAGAAUCAAGCACACACAUAUAAUUGAUGAUCCAUUUGAUGAUCCUCCACAGCUGGCUGAGAUGAUACCAGAUGCUUCCCCCGAAGGAAAACCGAAGGAAGAGGUCGAAGAUGAUGUGCGACUUGAAGAUGAUUGGGUUCCAAUGGAUGAAGAACUUGGUGUUCAGGAACUGGAGGAGGUUAUCCGCGAAAAGGCUGCCCAUUCUAGUGCUGUUGUACUUGAAAGUAUAGGAGAUAUCCCUGAGGCUGAGGUAAAACCUCCUGACAAUGUGCUGUUCGUCUGCAAACUGAAUCCUGUGACUGAGGAUGAGGACCUCCAUACCAUUUUUUCACGCUUUGGAACUGUUGUAUCGGCUGAUGUAAUCCGGGAUUUCAAGACAGGUGACAGUUUGUGCUAUGCUUUUAUAGAGUUUGAGAACAAGGAGGCAUGCGAACAAGCGUAUUUUAAGAUGGACAAUGCUCUGAUCGAUGAUAGACGAAUACAUGUGGAUUUCAGUCAGAGUGUGUCCAAGCUUUGGUCACAGUUCCGGCAGAAAGACUCCCAAAAGGGUAAAGGGAAUGGGUGUUUCAAAUGUGGCUCGACGGAUCAUAUUGCCAAGGACUGUGUGGGUGGUAAUCAGUCUUCAAAGUUCAUUGUAAAAGAUCAAAACAGACAGCACGGAGGAGGUGAAGGCUAUGAUAUGGUGUUUGAGGGUGAUAUGCCUGAAAUCCCCAAGAGAGAGCAUAGUCAUGAGAGGGAGAGGAGUGAGAAGAUUCAGAGGAGAAGUCACAGAGAUGAAGUUGGCGAUGGUAGAAGACAGCAUGAUCGGGAAGACGCACGAGAAAUGGAGAGGAAACACAGAGAGAGGAAAGAAAGAGAGAGUAGGGAAGAUGAAGACAGAAGAAGAAGAAAACGCCGAGAAGAGAUUCGAGAUAAAGAGAGUCGAAGAGAGAGAGACGAUGAUGAUCAUCGGAGUCAUAGAGAUUAUAAAGAGAGUCGAAGAGAGAGAGACGAUGAUGAUCAUCGGAGUCAUAGAGAUUAUAAAGAGAGGAGAAGAGAGAGAGACGAUAGACAUGGAAGAGACGCGAGACAUGAGAGAAGGGAUAGGUGAAGAAAGCAUGGGCAUGUCUUGUUUGUGCUCUAUGCGUUUAGUGUUUAGGUGACUUUGUAUUAGUGAAUUUUUCAACUCUGGAGAGAUGUAUCUUGUUGAGUUUUUUGACUAGUGAACUUCUUAGUUCUUUUCUCUAUUAAGUUCUGAUCCAUUGGAGAUGAGGCGGUUUUAAACAUGACUACUAGUACUAAAUUUGCUUUGGUCUC